AUGUCCCUAUCCUACCAGAUCAACAUAAUCGACCCUUUGCACUCCCAUCUAUCGCCCAACUUGCUCAGCAACCUAUCCAUCAAGGAAUCCCCCAUCCCCUCUCCUGGUCCCAACUCAGUCCUCAUCCGCAUUCGUGCCGUCAGCCUGAACUUCCGCGACCUCCUCUGUCUUGCCGACUCCCCUCUCUAUCCGACCAGAACGCCCCCAGGGCUAAUUCCAUGCAGCGAUGGCGCUGGGGAGAUCGUUAGUGUUGGCCCGGGCAGCAAAUGGACAGACAGCAUCGGCGAUGCAGUGAUCGUCUUGAUGAACCGAGAUUGGAUCGAUGGCGACGUCGAUGUUGUUUCCAUGGAAAAUAAUCUGGGCUCGGGAACUUCGAAUGGAACUUUAACUCAGUACAUGGUUGUGCAAGAUCCGUGGGUUAUUCGUGCGCCGAAGAAUUUGUCUUUUGAGGAGGCGGCGGCUUUGCCUGGAGCAGCUGGGACGGCGAUGAAUGUCCUGCAGUCUGUAAGCGUUGGAAAGAGAACGACAGUCGUGACGCAAGGUACGGGUGGUGUGAGUUGUGCUGUUAUUCAGUACGCAGCUGCCCUUGGAGCGCGAGUCAUCGCCACCUCCUCGACAGACGAAAAGUUACAGAUUGCGAAGAAGCUGGGUGCCUCGGAGCUGAUCAACUACAAGACAACGCCAGAUUGGGCCGAGGAGGUACUCCGACUCACACAUGGUAAAGGCGUCGAUUUAGUUUGCGAUGUAGGCGGGUCCGGGACACUAGAACAGUCCGUGAAGGCACUGAGACAGGGAGGCACGGCUUGUCUAGUUGGAUUCUUGACUGCCCCAAAGCCAGUGGAUAUUUUGAUGUCCCUUAUUACCGAGGCGAAGACGUUGAAAGGCAUUCUGGUAUAUAGUAAAGCUAUGCUAUCACGGGUCGUGGCCUUGACAGAGGAGCAUGACAUACAUCCUUAUUUGGGGAAGGUGUAUAACUGGGAAGACGCGCCACAAGCAUUUGAACAGAUGAGACAGCAGAAUACAGUGGGAAAAAUUGCGAUCAAAGUAUAA